AUGGAAGACAAAAGAUCGUCGUUGCUCAAGAUCGUGUGCUCGAUUGGGUUGGCUUUCAACGAAUACUUCACCAUUUCGCGACUUUGCGAUGAAUACCAGAAUCUUCUCGGGACCCCGCUCGCUGCCGCAGUCCGUGAAGCCGGCUACCUGUCAGUGGACGAGAUGCUGUCAAGUUCUCCAGCUGUUGUGACAGCAUAUAUUCAUGCCAAGAAGCACUAUAAAGUCGACGCAACAGUCGGUACGAAAGCUUCACAGGACAUAUCGGCUUUGAUCAAACAUCAGAAGAAAAAGAAGAAAAGGAUUAAGCUGAAUACUCCUGAUAGGGAGUAUUUGAGCAGAAAUGUCAGCGCUGCGCGGUCCUUCAGAGUAAAAUCCAAUUAUGGUGCCGGCUUCGUUCAACCAUUUCGUGAUACGACUUUUCAAGAUCGGCAGCAGCACACCGGCACCAUCGGUAGCUACAGUUUUCUCAAAAAUCGUAUUUCUACAUCGGCCUGCUCGAAAUACACAUCAUCGCCAUCAGGUCCUACCGCAUUCAUAAAAAAAGAGAAGACGAAUGACGAGCUCCACAACAAAGACGAAUUGGUUCGGUCUCCCGCAGCUGGUGUAAAACGUUUCCUGCAAGCCCUUCGCGCUUGUGGAGGAACCGCUACAUCUGAGCAGCUGAGGAAUGCGUACAGAAAACUCCACAAUGCCGACUGGGAUGUAGAUGAAUGUGUCAAGUAUUUCGGCAUAAGCUCAACACGCGGCGUAAUCGACAACUAUCUGAAGGAUUUGGUUGAAAUUACUUCUGUCAAAGGAACUGGACGGCGUUGUUACGUUUUGUUGGAAACUCAACAUGAACUUGGGUGCGCUACUCAACGAAAUCGUAACUCGGAGGAAACGAUUUCUAAAGCAAAACUCUGUGAAGCUCUCGUCAACAUACUUGUUGACAAACAUCCAGCAAUACUGCAUGUAGACGGUCUUACCAAAGUGUUUCUGGACGAAUAUGGAGUUGCUGUAGAACCAGAAAGCUCCCUUCAACUCUCAUGGACUAGAUUUAUCUCCAAAUUUUGUUCAGAAGAAGUAGUUGUAGACACUCGCGGGAAUGUAAGCUUGAACAUGAAAAACCCGAUAGUGAAAGACAAAGUUAUGAAGAAGUCUAUCAACGACGCCCUCGAGGCCCCCAUCGACAGUGUAUAUGUUGAUCAAAGUAGUGCAACGUGCAGUAGUCGUGAAACUAAAGUUCCUUUCAACCGAUUUUCCAAGCUGUCCCAAUCCUUUCACGGGAGUUCUAAGGUGAAAGCACCCUUUGAAAGCGAUUCCGAAGGUUGCAGUGGUUUGGCUGGAACUGACAUGAGGAAUAUCAAACCGCACAACGUUUGCGUGGUUGUGCCGAGUGGAAACUCACGACGAUAUACAUAUUUGAGUGGCCGGCCUUCCAAUGUUUCGCCGUCCACGUCCAGUACGAAUAGCACUUCUUCCUCAGCUACCAUCCGCGACACACCUGUUGUGGAGCAACCAGCUUGGAUUACGAAAUCACUGUCGUCUGCCCUCGCGCAGAGGUUGUCCAUAGAUCGGCGACUUACGCAGAAAGCUUUUUCGGCAGUGGGGAAUUUCUGCAAGUUUGGGAAAAGCAACAAGGGAACUUUCGAGCAGGCACGUGUUCCGCGUGAUGCUUCUUCAGUCGACAACGGCGAUCUCAAGAAGCAAGAAGUCCCAAGUUAUCACUCGAAGCAUAGUCAAGAGGACGUCGAAUGUGCCCAUCCAUACUUCAACGUUCACUGUUAUUCAAGAAACGGUGAUGCGCGCUUGUGGGCCGCGAGAAAAGGGGUGCCACCGAAAAUGUCCUACUCAUAUUUUCGAAAUCGUUUUGUACUCACAUUAGUAAUGGCUUGCAAUUCCAGACUAUCUGUCAAAAACGACUCAGUCUCAGACGAAGAUUUAAUCUAG